AGCAACAACAAGAGCCGGGUGUACGGGCACCGAGUAGUAUAAAAGCGCGGAGCUCGAACUGAGCCAGGUACAGUACUCGUCGUAUUCGUUCAGUUCACAACAGUGGACCAGAAACCACGACAAGGAUGAAACUUUUGUUGGCGCUGACCGUGUGCGGGCUCGCCGUGAGCCUCGUGACCGCCGGGUUUCUUGGCGGCGGCGGCGGGGGCUUCGGCGGCGGCGGCGGCGGCCCAUGGAGGAGUGGCGGUAGUUUCGGAGGCUUCGGUGGUGGCGGUGGACCAUGGAGGGGCGGCGGCGGCGGCGGUUUCGGUGGUGGCGGUGGACCAUGGAGGAGCGGCGGUAGUUUCGGAGGCUUUGGUGGUGGCGGUGGGCCCUGGAGGGGCGGCGGUGGCCUCGGAGGUUUCGGUGGAGGCCUUAAGGGCGGCUUCGGAGGAGGCGGCUUUGGAGGCGGCGGUCCGUGGAGGAGCGGUGGCGGUUUUGGAGGCUUCGGUGGUGGCGGUGGCCCCUGGAGGGGAGGCGGCGGCGGCGGUUUCGGAGGAGGCGGAUGGAGAGUUGGCGGCGGCGGCGGCGGCUUCGGUGGAGGCGGCCGCGGAUGGUGGUAAAGGUGUUAAGCAGUGUCUCCGUCCCGGAACCGAGUCGACCUUUGUGAAGAGGCUGCUAAACUCGCGUUCACCACUGCCAUCGGAGCGCAGGCGCUGCACCACAUGCCUUACAGGGAUCAAGCGAGGCACCAGCGUCUGCACGUCGACGACACAAAGAAGCUGAGCGGCGUGAAACAAUGCGAACCAUUACAAUGCUGUCACGUUAUCUCUGCCAUUCUUUUUUGUUGCUGUUGUUGAGACUUUUGAGUUCAACAAUCCCUUUUCGAGGCUCUGACAGCAAUGGGAGGUAGAGAAAAAAAAAUCAAUGAGAAGAAAAGUAACAAUAAAGUUAGCAAAGACCAUGCGUGGCUUCUGGUUUCAGGCUAACCGAGACGUAACAAGCAACUUACUUUUUUGCCGUCCAGGCGAGAGAUACUGAAAGGCACCUCGUCUAGUUUUGCAUACUACACGCGCUCUUGUCCUCUUGUUUGUGCUGCUGGCGCCGAUUACCCGCCUUUUGAAUAAAGAGCAAUAUUCGUUUUUGUUCCAAAA